UUUUAAUUUCCAGAUUUCGCUUUGAGAUUUACCUUCCAGUAAUCUCAGUCAAGACAUGCACCAAUACAGUGAUAAGACAAUGGGGGGAAGGGGCGGAACACUCCCGAUGGGGGCGAAUAAGAACCAAAAGGGAGCCAGAAAGCCAUCAUUGGAGCAGCAAUCAAGACUUACUUGGAUGGACUGAAACAACAAGAUGCGUGUGGAUCGAAUUCUCUUCUGGGCGUUGAUCAAAGCACCAAAUGAGCGCCUGAGAGCCAUCUAUUGGAUCGCUGUGAUUCUUCCCGGGAUAGGAGCCAGAACUUGCCUUCGUGGGCGAGUGAACAGACCUAAUCAGUCCAGACCGUGUUUGAGUAACCAUGUAUGUAUGUGCAUGGAAAGAGCUCAGAAAUCUGCUCAACGGCUUGAGAGGCCCACUGUCCACUGUCCAGUCUCUGGGAUUUGGUCCGGUUCACGAUAUGGUACAAGAAAGCCUUGUCGAAAAACCUUAUUGCCCGUUGUCACCUGCAAUGCAACUGGAGCUUAUGCUCAGGAAUGCCUCUCACAUGCUCUCCCGACCGUGUACUGGAUUCCAUAACCGUUAUGGGCGAAACGAAGUUAUCGGGUCUUUACUGACUUCUGCUGGCUAAUAUGAAGGUGACUAGUC